UUUUCUUGUCCACAAUUCACGACAUAUAUACUUGCGUUCUCUGAGCGAUUCUUCACUUGUUCUCUUGACAUUGAGAGGCUGCACUUGACUAGCGUACCCGUAUCAAAGACAAUUUUGUGCCUAAGCAUCAACAUACAGUCGACUAAUCUUCGGGCGCUGCAUUAUGGCUUACUACGAGUCAACAGACGCUUCCCGCUUCGGCGGUGUCGCGCCAAGAGGGAAUCAGGAUCUUGAAAGAUACGUGGACUCUAUUCUUCCGGAGACAUUCAGACCCAGUUUCGGGGAAGACUUAGACGCCAGGCGGUCUUUGGACCUGGACUUGGGAGCAGCAAGUCUAUGGCCUGACGACUCCCGCGAUAGCCUGGAUGCUUGCCUGGACUUCAGCGGAAACAACGUAGCAGGUUUCUCAUCGGACGUGUCUUAUAAUGACCAGGGUUUUUCGAGUUUGUGUGAUGUUUUGGGAGAAGAUUCCGACCAACGCCUUCGGGACUCGCGAAGCUCCUUGGGUGCCACUUCGCCUUGUUCCGGCAGAAAGGGAUACCGACACAGACACACGAGAAAAUACCUUCGAGACGAGCGCCUCCAGAAGGAGCGGAACCGCGAACUCAACAACGAGGCGUCUGUCCUGUACCGGGAGAGGCAGCGGGCGACGACCUCCAAGAAGGAAAAGCAGCUGGAACACUUGCAACAGGAAAACGAUCAGCUUUGCCAAAAAAUGGAACUCCUGACUGUGCAGAGUGAUUGGUGUCACAACACGUACGAGAAAUACAGUGAAUAUUUUGCAGGACCUCUGGACGAUAAUUUAUAUGAGCUAAGAUGAAGUUUGAUAGUUGAAUCGGAGCAAAUUACAAUACCAUGGAAUAAUGUAAUUACCUAAUAUUUAUUUAAUUUUGAUCAACAUUGUUCAUAUAACUCACUUAAAUAAUC